AUGACUGUCCACGACUAUCUGAACGUCACGCUCACGAACGAUGCUGAUCGUGAGCAAAUCCUUAAAAACCUUCCGAAGUUGAAACGAAUCCCGUCAGAUGAUACCUGUCACUUGGUUAAGCAGAUCAGCGACUUCGACCUGGAUGUGAUCGAAGUGUCGGAUGG